AAGUGGCGGCGGCAGGUUAAGGUUGUUCGGCUGCAAAAUGACCUGCGACACCGGGAACUACCCAGACUGUGAGAGACGGGUGAACGAGGAUAAAGGCGGUAAUGAAUUUCGCUGGUAUAUGGCGUUCUCAGACGUUACAUUCUCAACUGUUACAUGAUUCGGCAUGCAGAAUUCUCAUGAGCAUCCACAUCAUCAAGCUGCUUCAUAUGACAACUUUCCGAAGGGCUAAACAGCAUCUAAAUCUGAGCCAAAACUGUAAUGCAAGAGGCGCAAUCUUUUUCUUUAUCUUCCCCCUUGCACUUUUCCCAUUCUUGCAUGACAAAUCCAUGCAACAGUUGAGAAUGUAACGUAGGGAACGCCAUAAACUACGGCAAUACGAACUGGCAAAGUGCGCGCCUCGACUGCGCAAAUCGCGGCAUAUGAAUCGCAAAAGUAUAGUACUCGUAUAUAUAAAUGCAUGACAAGAAAUUCCCUCAGCAUGAGAAAUGAAAUUUGUAUAUGCGGAUUCACCUUAAGAAAAAAAUUUGUAGUGCAUGAUUGCAAUUACUACGAGUGCGAUACUUUUGCACAGGAUACUACGAGUGCACGCACAUGGUUCUCAAGCCCUCCGUAUCAAAUGCAAAUAUGUCUGGGUCUGGAAGCAGGCUGCAACUUGAACUUCUGAUGCUGUCCCCGGUUUCUAAAAAAAUCUGUGUUCUUGCACGAAAGGCAAGAGGAGUCGACUUUGUGCUCUCACGCGGAGAGGGCAUUUGUCGUGCGGUAAACGCAUCAGAUAGUAGCCCUCAAAAAGUUUGUGAUGCUCGGGCAUGCAUCAUAGACAAGACAUCAUGGGUCAUGCUCAUGCAAAAGGUGCAUGACAAACCUUGGAUUCACAUUCAUCUUCCAGACUGAGACAUACUUGCAUUUGAUACUCGGACUCGUUUGUUUGGUUGAAGAAGACGGAUAUCGACGUUGAAUCGCCCUGGAACGCCGGGGACCGGGACUUCA